UACUAACACUUGUGUUGCAUACCAUCAAAAUAAGCAAGUGGAGAGAUACAAUCGGUACAAAGCCCGUGCAUUGGAUCGAAAAAAUGGAGCAAUUAAAUUUGCUUAGAAAUGCUUGGGGAUUUCAAGAAUAAUGUUUAUUUCAAGAUCAAUCAGUGGCGUAUCAUCAAUGUGUGUCACAAUAGGCAGGUAUUCAUAUAUGGUAUUUGGAAACAGCAAGCAAGAAAAUCUGAUUUAUACAUAGUCAUAACUCUUGUCUUGCCACAUUAAGAGAUCAACAAAUG